GCGAGCGAGUGAGCGCGCGCGGUUGUGUGCCGCUCGCUGCGACAGGGGCAAGGGACCAAGCGGCGGACGGAGCAUGCGCGGCCCGAGCCCCCGGACUCCCCAGCCUGGGCAGGCGAGCUGCGCUGGAAUUACAGGCAGGAAAAGGGAAGAAGGGAUGAUGAUGACAAGAGCAGCCCCUCGGAGGGAGAAGCCGUGGUGAGAGGGGGGGCCUCGGGCUCUCUCUUCCCCCCCCCUCCCUCCCCAGCACCAACAGAUAUUUGGAUGGCAUGACAAAUCAGGAGGAGGAAAAGAGGAUGCUUGAUGUGACCAGACACCAGACCAGUUCUGCUUUUGGAAUACAUUCCCAGUAAGAUGUAUGGGUCUAUUUUUUCCUUGUUCAUAUCUAUAGAUCAUAAGACUUGACUGAGGCAAUACUCAUAUCAUCCAUCCAUCUAUGGCGAACUAUAGCCAUGCAGCUGACAACAUUUUACAAAAUCUUUCCCCUUUAACUGCAUUUUUGAAAUUGACUUCUCUGGGUUUCAUAAUAGGAGUCAGUGUGGUGGGCAACCUCCUGAUCUCCAUUUUGCUAGUCAAAGACAAGACCUUGCAUAGAGCUCCAUACUACUUCCUGUUGGAUCUUUGCUGCUCAGACAUCCUCCGGUCUGCGAUUUGUUUCCCAUUCGUUUUUACUUCCGUGAAAAAUGGCUCUUCUUGGACGUAUGGGACUCUCACUUGCAAAGUGAUUGCUUUCUUGGGGGUUCUGUCCUGUUUCCAUACAGCCUUCAUGCUGUUCUGCAUAAGUGUCACCAGAUACUUAGCUAUUGCCCAUCACCGCUUUUAUACAAAACGGCUGACCUUCUGGACCUGCUUGGCAGUAAUCUGUAUGGUGUGGACCCUCUCCGUAGCUAUGGCGUUCCCUCCAGUCUUGGACGUGGGCACCUACUCGUUCAUUCGGGAGGAAGAUCAAUGCACCUUUCAGCACCGUUCCUUCAGAGCCAACGAUUCUCUGGGAUUUAUGCUGCUCCUUGCUCUUAUCCUUCUAGCCACACAGCUUGUCUACCUCAAGCUGAUCUUCUUCGUCCACGAUCGCAGGAAAAUGAAGCCAGUUCAGUUUGUGGCAGCGGUGAGCCAGAACUGGACGUUCCAUGGUCCCGGAGCCAGUGGCCAAGCCGCUGCAAACUGGCUGGCGGGCUUCGGAAGGGGUCCCACGCCACCCACCUUGUUGGGGAUCAGGCAGAACACCAACACCACGGGCCGGAGAAGGCUCCUCGUCUUGGAUGAGUUCAAAAUGGAAAAGCGGAUCAGCAGAAUGUUCUACAUCAUGACAUUCCUCUUUCUAACCUUGUGGGGUCCCUAUUUGGUUGCCUGCUACUGGAGAGUUUUUGCGAGAGGCCCUGUGGUUCCCGGGGGAUUUCUAACGGCUGCUGUUUGGAUGAGUUUUGCCCAAGCUGGAAUCAAUCCUUUUGUCUGCAUUUUCUCCAACAGGGAGCUGAGGCGCUGUUUCAGCACAACCCUUCUUUACUGCAGAAAAUCCAGGUUACCAAGGGAACCUUACUGUGUUAUAUGAGGGAGCAUCUGUAAAAUCUUUAGCCUUGUGAAAACACUACCCUUCUCUGCUAAGCAAUUGUGGCCUGUUGCCAUGUUUUGAGAAGAAAGGAAAUAUAUAUAUAUAUACCUAUAUAUAUCUCAAAAAAGGGGGGGAAAUGUCAGCAGUUGUAAGGAUUUGGGCAACAACAACAACAUUCUGCAGUUUUUGCAAUAGCUCAUCUCUAAUCCUAUUUUAAAAGCUAAACUUGUUCCUGCUGACCACUCGUGAAGGUUUGUAAUUUAAAAAAAGAAAAAAAUAAAGGACUGAACCACUGCCCUAAAAUGCUUUGAUGUGGUUGAAAUCUAGAGAAACGAUUCGGAGAGUAGCAGGUGCUAAAUAUAUCAGCACUAAAUGCUGUAUAUAUCACUCCAUAAAGCAAGACCAUCACAGAAAGAUUAGCAUUGGACAUCUGAAUCAGUUAAGUUUGACAUGAGGUUAAUGUGUUGAUGAAACUAAUUUUAAACCAUUUCAUACAAUUAUUGCUUUUCAAGGACUAAAAAAUGGGGACAGUGUUACAUCCUGUAACUGAAGAGAGAUAUGCCAUGUAGUAGUACCGGAUUAUCACCCACUCUGUUUGCCUUGUGAGUUCUGGAGAGCACCCCAAAGCAGUUUUGUGUUCUGAGUUUACAUAUGGUUUGGUUGAAAUUAAGAUUUUGUUUUCCUAUGAGUACAUUCCCUUUAUUUGAUUUUGCUUUAUUUUCAUCUUCCUCUCAUCUUUACAAAAUAGCUACAAUCAUAAAUCCACUCUUCUUUCAGGGUGAAAUAUUUCUGGCAUAUCAUUAUGUCCUGUGUUUACUGUUUAGUUUAUUUAAUUUUUGGGUUAUUGCUGUUCUUUCUUAAAAUCCCUGAUUUGCUAUCUACAAUUUUACUGUAUGCAUUUUAUAUUUUUGAAAGCUAGAUAUCGGUCUGUUAGGCAACAUCAAUGAGAUUGUCCAAUCAUGACAAAAGAGUAAUCACUACACAGACUAAUAAUCACAUGUUGCCUUAAAGGGUUAUCUAGUAUCUUCCAUUUUGUUUAGCAUCUUUUUUUGCAACUAAGCAAAGAAAAAAAAUGAAUCGGUUAACUCCAGUCUGUCAUUUGGGAGUGCAUGAAUGAUCACUUAAUCCCCUCUUUCCUUUCGAUUCCCAUGAUUCCCUAAAUCAGUAUGCUCAUCACUUAGGAUGAUAUGAUUUCCUUGCCCAAAUCCCCACCUUUAGGUGUGUUGCCCAUUCUAGUUUGUUCUGAGAAACACAGGCAGUCAAUGUAUGUUUAUAUUUUAAGACAACUGUCAUGGGAAGACUGCUGCCUUAGUACGAUAUCUUGCACAAAAGGUGGAGCAUUUAUUCUACUGAAGGCACCGUCUUGUUUAUACUUUCUGCACAUUUUGGUGUAUUGGUUGUUUCCUAUUCUUUCGAUUUUAACUUGUGAAAGCAUAUAAUAUGAUUUCUAGUAUUUUAGAAAUACAUUAGAGUCUGUGAGUCUUUCCUUCUUUAAGAUACAGAUGUGUGGAUUUCAAUAUAAAGUUGCAUUUGCCAAAAUUUA